UAGCUAAUCAUACUUUGUGAUCAUACCUUGUGGUUCGUCUAAGUUCAAAUGGAAGAUGAAAUUGAUAAAUAUUUCCUCAAGAAAUUUCAGUUUCAACAGUUAGAAAUUCAAUCUUUUUCUUGCGAAAAUCCGUUCGGGAACUCUUCGUGGAAGGUUCCAGAACUACAAAAUCUCAAAAUCCAUUUAAAUUGUACAAAAGGUUUUUUAAGCCAUAUGGAAGCUGAAAGGUGGCAUGUGCAUACAUCUUACACGAAUCGUGCAGGGGCUGUUUUUCAAAAGGUUAAAUCUGAAGUGUGUCCAGAGCUACUGACGCAAGCUUGGCUGAAAUUCUAUGAAUGCCUUGCUCAGUUUGAUUUAUUUUGCAACAUUCCACAAGGAAAUUUUGAGUUAAAAAGUGUUCAUUUGUGUGAAGCCCCAGGGGCUUUUGUGACAGCUUUGAAUCAUUUUUUAAAUUUACGCCACCCUGAUUUGAAUUUUAGUUGGUUGGCUGCCACUCUUAAUCCCUACUAUGAAGGAAAUUGUAGAAAGUCAAUGAUUGGAGAUGACCGGUUCAUUCACAAUACUUUAUGCCACUGGAAUUUUGGUCAUGAUGACACUGGUGACAUAAUGGAAUGGUGUAAUGUUAAUGCAAUACUGCAAUGGAAGGGAAACCAUGUGAACCUUGUUACAGCAGACGGCAGUAUUGAUUGCGCAGGAAACCCAGGUGAACAAGAAAAACAUCUCGCUAAAUUACAUUGGUGUGAAACCAUAUCUGCUUUAUUACUACUAAGUCCUGGUGGAUCAUAUGUUUUAAAAAUGUUUACCUUUUUUGAACAUUCUGCAGUCUCACUGCUAUACCUUUUAAGAUUGUCAUUUGAAGACCUGAAUGUGUUUAAACCAUGCACAAGCAAAGAAGGAAAUUCGGAAGUAUACGUCAUUGCCCUUCGUUAUACGCAAACGCAAGAAAUGCAAAAACUAUUGAGCAUCAUUCAAGCACAGGUGUAUGAAAGGAAAGUGGAUAUUUCUUUGAACGCUCUGUUUUCGCUGUCUGAAAUUCCUAAAGGCUUCCUACGCGAUAUUAUAAAUUGUGCGACGCUUUUCAAGGAUCACCAGGAAGAAGCCAUCAUGCGUAACCUUACGCUUUAUAACGUUCCUUUACAAGAAAAAAAAUUAGCAGCUACGAGAAAGAACGUAGCACAACGUUAUAUGCAGAAGUACGGCCUACGAAGUAUCGCCGUAACGAAGCAAAUUUUGGGUCCGGAAAAUUUAAGAGAGUCAUCAUUGUGGAACUUCCAACCAUACUACGAAAAGAAUUUAGACUCUUCGCCUCCAACGGUUACUCCGGAACUCUGUACAAAAUUGCAAUCUGAAUUGAAAGAAAUUGACUUUUUUCUUGAGAAAGUCAAAUCGCUGAAGUGGGUAAACCGAGCAAAGCAAGAUUGGAAAAAUAAGACCUGCUAUACUUAUGGGAAAUCUUAUGACAUUAUUCGACACACAAAAUUUUGCCACGCGUACAUCUUUCGCGUUUUUAAAUUUCUAGGAGAAUUAUCAUUGAACCUUAAAUCCAAAUCGUUCUUUGAAACGCUAAAGGAAACAGAGCAAAGUUUCCUCAUCAACAGUUUCUUGGAUGUAAGUCCAAUGAUUUGCACAGGGGGGAAUUUCGAAUUACGACGUCCCGUACUUUCGAGAUUCUCUGUGGCGUCUCUGUGGAUCAUUUCUCUUCUUUUCUCCCAGGUGGAAUUUCACUCUGAGAGUGAUCCUCUCAUUCGGUUUGUGGGCUAUCAUGAAGAAGCCGUAAUUUUAAACUGGAUGCGGCAACUCGACCGAAAAUUACUAAAUUUUGUGGAACUUCCUAGUCUCUUUCAAAAUUCGUUUUACAAUCUCGUAACACGAUAUAACUCAAAAUUGCUCCUAGAAUUUUCCAUAGAGAUACUAAAUACAAUGCUUUUAUUAUGAUAAAAGCAUCCAUCA